UUUUAUUCGAAAGUAGGAUCCUUAUUACCUCAAGAGACAGGAGUAUUCUUGAAAGUGCAAGGGUGGACUGCUACCAUAAACUUGAGGAAUUGGAUAAGAACCAAUCUUUGAUCUUGUUCUGUAGACAUGCAUUUGGAAGGAACUCUCCUCCAAGUGAAUUCAAGGACCUUGCUCAUGAAGUUGUAUCCAUAACUGGGGGGCUUCCCUUGUCUCUUGAGGUUAUAGGCUCAUUAUUGUUCGAAAAAGAGCCAAAACGAUGGAGCGGUACAAUAAAAAAGUUAAGAGAAGUCCCUCAUGAGGAUGUGAAAAAAAGGUUAAAGAUAAGUUAUGAUGCAUUAGAAUAUCCUGAACAACAAAUAUUUUUGGAUGUCGCUUGUUUUUUAAUUGGGACCAAUGAAAGAUUUGCAUCCUACAUGUGGGACGCGUGUGACUUUUAUCCAGAGGAGGGAAUUGCAAAAUUGAGUUCUAUGUCAUUAAUAAAAGUUGGAGAUAAUCAUGAGCUCAGAAUGCAUGACCAAUUGAGAGAUCUUGGUAGAGAAAUUGUUCGCGAGGAGAAGUGGGAAGAGCCUCAAUACCGUAGCAGGUUGUGGGAAUCCGAGAAAGUCCUAAAAGUGCUAAAGGAAAAUAAGGGAACAGAAAAGAUUAAGGCCAUUUAUUUUAACAAAGUUCACCAUUCCCACUUUGAUGAGCCAUUCGAGAAUUUUGAAGCUGAGCACUUCAAGAAGUUAACAGGUCUAAGGUUCCUUGAUGUGAGUGGGGCAUGUCUCAGAGGAGAUUUUGAGAAUUCAAUGGGGAAGUUAAAAUGGCUUCGAUGGUGGCAUUGUCCCUCGACUUUUGAAGCAAACAAUUUUCGCCUAACGGAAUUAGUCGCACUCGAUUUGUCUUGGAGCACGAUCUCGAGAUGAAUGGCAA